UAAAAAAAUGUGCGCUUUUACAAACAUGCAAAUUUAAUUUCAAUCACAACUUGUUCAGGCUUGUAUUUUUGGUCACAGCAACACAUUUUUUGAAAGAGAUUAAAGUGCAUGGGCUGUGCUGGUAAACAUGACAACAGGCUAAUCUUCAUGCUUGCUUUUCUGUCUCCAUCCCUGCCUGGGAUGAACAUCUCUGCCUGAUUCCUUUCACAUCCUCAGUUUAAAACAUUACAGUUUGAUUUAAAAAAAAAACAAAAAACAUGGAGCGUUUCCAUUUUCUUUCUUCAAGACACACCUUAAAUCCAAGGCUUUCUGGAAGCCUUAAGCGUUGAGUGUGUCAGGGUUUAGAGAAGAGGAUGUAUUGAAAGGAAACAAGCUGAGAUGACAAAAUACAGCCAUGCAUGGUCUCUGUUUAUGUAACAGAAAGAAAAGACAUCAGUGAAGAGGGGAAGGACAGGUGUUUUCUAAGUGUGUUGCUUUUUAAUUACAGAAAUAAUGGACGAUUCCCAUUUCAACUCAUCAUACUUUUGGUCUCCCGUCCCCACUGUACAAGGACAGAUUGAGAACGCCAUGUUCCUCAACAAGGCAAAGGAGCAGCUGGGUCCAGACAAGGCCAACGCGCCUCCCUUCUCUCACUCUUCUGCGUCUUCCACCUCGUCCCCUCACUACCCCACAGCUGUGCUCGCCAUCCCGGGUUCGGUGGAUCCAGGGACAGGGGUGCGGGUGGUCCCYAAACAGGAAGGAGGAGGGAAUACUUCCGGCGGAGGAGGGGGAAACAGCGGGAACUUGAGUGGAGUAGGGGGACAUCUACACCAGUCGCACACCUCCCAGAACGUCACGGUUGUUCCUGUUCCCUCCACUGGGAUCAUGACUGCAGCGGGGUUGGUGAUCACCACCCCACAAGGCACACUGGUUCCGACUGCCUCCACACAGUCGUUUGUAACUGGACACCCCACUGCCACCACCAUGAUCGUGUCUGCAGUGCACCCCUCAAACACAGUUUCUUUUCUUCCAGAUAAGAAAGAGGAUGGUGCUCCAGCCGUUGUCAUGCCGACGCCAUCGAAGCGAGGCAGGAAGAGCAAACAGAUGAUGGGCAGAGUUGGUGGGAUUCUCCCUCCAGGAAGUGAUGCUUUAAUUUUAGCCCAUCUUGCUGCUGGUGGACAGCAUCACUCCGCUGACCCAUAUGAUCUGUCAAAUGAUGAGGACGAUCAUACCAGUAAAGAUGGACCAAAGUCCUACAGAUGUCGGAUGUGUGCAGUGACGUUCUUCAGCAAGUCAGACAUGCAGAUUCACGCUAAGUCCCACACUGAGGCCAAGCCCCACAAGUGCCCCCACUGCUCCAAGUCGUUUGCCAACUCCAGCUACCUGUCCCAGCACAUCCGCAUCCACAGCGGGGCYAAGCCCUACUCCUGCACCUACUGCCAGAAAACAUUCAGGCAGCUCAGUCACCUCCAGCAGCACACACGAAACCACACUGAGGCCAAGCCCCACAAGUGCCCCCACUGCUCCAAGUCGUUUGCCAACUCCAGCUACCUGUCCCAGCACAUCCGCAUCCACACGGGGGCCAAGCCCUACACCUGCUCCUACUGCCAGAAAACAUUCAGGCAGCUCAGUCACCUACAGCAGCACACACGGAUCCACACUGGUGACCGACCAUACAAGUGUAACCAUCCUGGCUGUGAAAAGGCUUUCACUCAGUUGUCCAACUUGCAGUCUCACCGUCGGCARCACAACAAAGACAAGCCCUUCAAGUGUCACAACUGUAACCGUGGUUACACAGAUGCCGCCAGUCUGGAGGUUCACCUGUCGACGCACACCGUCAAACACGCCAAGCUGUUCUCCUGCGGCCUCUGCAACAGAUCUUACACAUCGGUAAGACGAGAGGAGGGCUAAACCUAAAAAUUUGAU